AUCGGAUACCUAGUAGCUACCCAAGAUAUCUUAGGUGUUUAAGAACAGUAGACCUCUCGUAUCCCCCUUUAUUCGCCGUCUAUCCCGCUUUCUAGGCCGAUGCUACAACAGUCCAAUCUGCCUAACUUAAUACGACCGAUAUCGUGAACCAUACCGCAAACCGACGCUCGCAUUUUCCCCAUACUAUUCCUUCAUUACCCGAUACCACCAGCUGAACAACACUAGAGUUGAUUUACCAUGGCUUCUAGCAGGGCACGACGAGUCGCCAAGGAGUUGGCAGAUAUCGAAGCCGAUGCUAACAAUUCUGGAAUCACCGCUCAGCCUGCCAGUAACAACGGCGACCUCACCCACCUGAAGGCUUGCAUACCUGGCCCGCCCAGUACACCAUACGAGGGUGGUCAGUUCAUCGUGGACGUCAGAAUCCCAAACGAGUAUCCCUUUCGACCACCCGUCAUGAAAUUUGACACCAAAGUGUGGCAUCCAAAUAUCAGCAGCCAAACUGGCGCUAUCUGUCUCGAUACUCUAAGUUCCGCCUGGUCCCCCGUUCUCACGAUCAAAUCGACCCUCUUAUCCCUUCAAGGUCUCUUCGAGAGUCCCGAGCCUAAGGACCCGCAAGACGCUGAAGUCGCUAGAAUGAUGAUUAAUGACAGGGAGGCUUUCAACAAGAAGGCUCACGAAUGGGCUGUACUUCAUGCCGGCGCACCUCGGAACACCAACUUCCAAUCCGUUCAGCCUCGGACCCCCGUUGCUCCCCAGCAGGUUGACGACAGCAGAUAUCAGGGUUACAACAAAGAUCUCAUUAACAGAUUCGUCAACAUGGGCUUUGACAUCGAUAGAGUUGUGGAAGCUUUCCAAUUCGUUGGUAUUGACAGACUCGACGGCCAAGACUACGAGCUGGAGGAAGCGUACAUGGGCGACAUUACAGCCCGUCUGCUGGGAGAGCCCUAAAGUAAUAACCUCAAAGCACCCAGUCAUGGGGUCCUUACAUUUAUAGUCCUUGCUUUCGGCAAUCAGAAUCGUCUUCACAGACUUGCAUAUGGGAUUAGGCGUCAGGAGGUUUUCAGUUAGGACAUAUUAUCAGCACAUGAAUUCAUUUUCAUGGUUCCAACUCCCUAUGCCUCCGAACUGUGCUAAUAAUUCUCUUUAUACGUGUCACUGUUCUGACAUUUCUGUAAACCUGCUUCUACCGAAAUUGCCUAGGGUAACUCACGGAUUUCUGGUUUAAACGCAUUUGGGUAGAUUCCUGCAUGGCCUUAUUAUAGGUCUAACCUUUCACUAUAAAUUUU